GUUGCAUAUAAUUCAGGCGUUAUGGUUUCACAUCAGUCAUUUGCAUUGGUAAUGCAGCUAAGCGCUCAGUUGUUAAUACUCUUAGGAUUUUGUGGGAGUGGAGGCUUGUCAAUAGCAUGCUUCGAACCAGAGAGAAUUGGGCUGAUGAAGCUCAAAGCCGCCUUCAAUCUCCCUAAUGGGUCGGCACUUCCUUCGUGGCGUGAUGAUCAAGGUGAUUGUUGCAGAUGGGAAGGUGUCAGCUGCCACAACAUCAGCAUGCGAGUGACUAAGCUCCUGCUCAAUCAUACACGAGAUUCUAGACUAGCCCCGUGGUCUCUUAAGGCCUCCUUUUUCCUCCCUUUCGAGGAACUUGAAGUACUUGACUUGGGCUUCAAUCAGCUAACUGCUUUUACGGAGACGUUGAGAUUGAAGAGACUGCAAGUGUUAGAUUUGCGUGCAAACGAACUAACAGAGGUCCCCUCCUUGCAUGAGUUGCCAUCCUUGAAUGCACUGUACUUACAAUUCAAUUAUCGCCCGAAGAACCUCUCCCGUCUUGAAGGACUGAAGCUGGAGGCGGUAGAUGUCUCGUUCAAUCAUUUGGCUGGAGAUAGUCUUUCAGCAAUUUGGAGCAUGACAUCCCUUAAAGCCUUGUCGAUAGCUGGCAAUCAAUUGGGAGACUCAAUAUUUCAAGGCUUGUGUCAGUUGAAAAGUCUUGAAGAGUUGGACGCUUCCUAUAACGAGUUUGUAAGCAGCAUUCCACCAUGCAUUCAGAACAUGACCUCACUCUAUGCACUCGAUCUUCAUCGUAACCAUUUUGGAGGGAACAUCCCUUCCUCCCUCUUCGCUAAUCUCAAGUCACUACAAUACAUCUCUCUUUCCGGGAAUGCUUUUGAAGGGUCGUUUUCUCUCGCUGCAUUAACCAACAACUCCAGGCUUGAAGUAUUUGAUCUCGCCAACAAUUACCAUCGGUUGAAUAUCACAACAGAGGAUCCUCUCUAUGCUCCUUCGGCUCAGUUGAAGAUCUUCUGUUUAUCUGACUGUGCACUCAACGAACCUCGUGGUGUCAUCCCUACCUUUCUACGAGACCAACAUGAGCUAAGACUUCUUGAUCUCAGCCAUAACAACAUGAGAGGAGCUUUUCCAUCUUGGUUAUUAGAGAACAACACAAAACUAGAGGCCUUAAAGCUUUCAAAUAAUGCCUUCUCCGGAAGUUUUAGUUUCAACUCCUCCACUGCAAGCAAUGUUGACAUCCAGUUGAUAGAUAUGUCGUCAAAUUUUAUAGAUGGAGAGUUUCCAGUUUCUAUCGGUUCCACCUUUCCGAAUUUAGCUUUCAUCAACAUGUCCAGAAAUCUUAUUCGUGGGGGAAUCCCUUCUUCUCUGGGUGACAUGAGGUUGUUGUCUUUGCUAGACUUGUCAAAUAAUGAUUUCAUCGGAGAGCUGCCAGAGUCUUUACUCUGCAAGUGUCAACGUCUCGAGGUUCUAAAGUUGUCGAAGAAUGAUUUGCGUGGUGAAGUACUUCCAAGAACGGCUAACUUGACAAAGUUACAUACUCUGUCUUUGGACAACAAUCAAUUCACAGGAGUGAUUUCUCCUGGGUUGCUUAACAGCCCCGGCUUACAUACUCUGGACGUAGGCAGCAACUUUCUGUCAGGAACCAUCCCUAAUUGGAUCGGAGACUUUGAAAGCUUGGAGAAUCUUCUGUUGACGAAUAAUUCCCUGGAAGGUCCUUUGCCGUUGAGAUUCUGCAAAUUAAAUCUAAAGUUCCUGUGCCUUGCUGCUAAUGAUUUUGGUCCCACGAUACCUUCAUGUGUAAAUGUUUCUGUGCUAUCACAUUUAAGCUUGGAGAGCAAUCAUCUUAGAGGACCUUUUCCACAGUUUCUACAUGACGCCUCAUCGAUAGUGACAUUGAAUCUCAGAAACAAUGGAUUGUCGGGAAAAAUUCCUCCGUGGAUUGGAUCAUUUUCAAAACUUCGGGCUCUUUUACUGAAGGGAAACAAUUUUGAAGGUCUGAUUCCUCACGAGUUGUGCCACAUAAAGAAUAUGAGCAUCAUGGAUCUAUCAAAUAAUAGUCUUUCAGGACCCAUUCCGUCUUGUUUGAAUAAGCUGGAUUUCGGAAACCUGAGAGUUCUCGGAACAUUUAGUACGCUUUCUUUUUCGACAGCAUCUCUCUCAAUGAUAUAUAAAUUCAAUUCGAAGGUUUCAUUCUUCGUUGAAGGUGCUGUCGAAAAUGCUUACACGGAUGAUAAGUUAGUAGAAGUGCAGUUCAUCUCCAAGAGCAGGUUAGAAUCUUACAGGGGAAAUAUCCUGGAAUACAUGUCUGGGCUAGAUCUCUCGUGCAACAAUUUGAGCGGUUCUAUCCCACUAGAAGUUGGGUACAUGAUCGAUCUUCUCAUAUUGAACCUUUCAAAUAAUCAUCUCAUGGGCCCGAUUCCGAGCACAUUCUCUGGAUUGAAGCAAAUAGAGAGUCUGGACCUUUCGUACAACAGGUUGACUGGAAAAAUACCACCGCAGUUGACAGAGCUCUCCUUCUUAUCGAUCUUCACUGUGGCUCACAAUAACCUAUCGGGGCAAACACCUGAAAGGAAAAACCAAUUCGCCACGUUUGAUGAAAAGAGCUACGAAGGUAACAUCUUCCUCUGCGGGCUGCCAUUAGAGAGUUGCAACAGUUCAGAGCAGUCUCCGCUGACAACAACAAUUCCAGAUCAAAAGGAAGACUACUCCUUCAGAGAAGCCUUCGCAUGGAGCUUUGCAGGAUCAUAUGUCGUAGCAUUCCUUGGAACUGUGGCGUUUCUCUUCAUUAGCUCCCACUACAGAACAAUCAUGUUUAACUUUUUCUAUAGGCAAAUCAACUGUUUUUAUUGAUAGGUUUUUAUCGAUAGGCAGAUCACACGUGAUGGAGAAGAGCUUUCCUGUAUGAUGGUUUAAUGUUCUAGGAAGUGGCUUUUCAUAUUACUAUGUGUUUUUCAGCUUCCCUCCUUCUGAUCAAUAAGUGCAUCACGAGACUCAUUCAGCUGCUUCUCUUCAUAUUCGGAACCAUUCACCCAGGCCUCCCUCAUCCUUUGGGCUAGCCGAUUGAGAAUGAGCAACAUCUGCACAAGAGAACUGGUGAGAGAGUCCAUUCUCAGUUUAUAAAGCACAAUUCAAUCUUUGCAAUCCUAUAGGUAAAUUAACCUUAGGAUUUUUUUAUUUCUCUUGCACCAACUGUUCAUUUGCACCAACUGUUCAUAGCAGGGUGCAAUAUAUUCUCCGCAAGUACAAUAACGCCCUGAUGUCGGUGGGGACCUUUUGACGAUUGAAAGUAUGGACAUGUUUUUCUUCUUGUUGUUGCUGCUGCUGCCGUUGUUGUUAGUGUAUGUACAACUCUUUGAAUGCCGAGAAAGUCCAUUCUUGG